GUCAAAACAACAAGCAAACAUGAAGAAUGAAGGUCGUCAGCAAGGCGUCGUAAGGACGGGAAUGAUUCAUCCGCGGGGCUUUAAUCAGCGACCCACAAACCCACCACCAGCUAAUGGAGUCAAAGUGUCAUCAUCUACUACCAGCCAGUCAAACAUCAUCGGAGUAAGUGAGCGGUCCAAGUACAGUAAUUGCCACGUGUCGCCGGCUAUCAAGACUGGCCACAAAUCUAAAGGUCGCCGUAAGUCACAACCGACAAGUUGCUGGAGUGAUGAGAAGCUAGACCGGCUCAUCGGGUCGGACUCUUCGUCCGCUCAGGAUAUUUUGGAUACAUUAUGUGAUGAAGAAGAUGAUGAGCAUUAACUAUCAUCGUGGCUAGUCGAGAUAUUCAUCAUUCAUGUACUACUAAGUUAAGGAAAAGGUUACCCGAUUUGCUUACAUCAAUGGUGAAAUCAGGCAGGAUACAUCAAUUGACAACACUUCCUUCAACUUUUGCCAAAC